GUAUCCUUCCGUAGCGUACUUAGAAACGAGUUCUCCCGUGUCCGAGAAAACGCGUCACAAUAAACACCUGCGGCCACGGUCAAUCUAGGCAGUGCGGAGCGUGCGGAGGCGCUUCGCAGGGUGGCGUCGCGCGCAGGAGUUCGUAGGACGUGGCUCGCGGCCCCUGUGUCUCCUGCGGCUGAGUUAACGCGGAUCCGACCUCAGACGACCUGGUGUCGGCUGUCGGACGGGGUGUCCUUCUGAGAGGUGACUUGGUCCUCGGUGCCGCAGGGUGUUGUCCUUUAGAUGCGUCCCUACUCAGAGCCUGUUUCCUUAAUGGGAAAUCAUUUUCCUGUCUCUUCAGUUCUCCGCCCCUCUUCCACCGCCCCCUCCCCUCAGCGCUUGAAGCUCAAGGGACCUUGCGGAAGUCAACUUGUGGUACACUUCUUUAUGCGCUCGCCGGAUUAGGUUGUAAGCAACCUGGGGCCAGGAACCAUGCCCUUUGAAAUGUUUUCCUAGCUUCUGUCCGCGAGCUUUGCCCAGAGGAGGGGUUUGCGAAGUGUUUGUUGAAUGAACGAACGAUUCUGUAAAUGUGGAUCAGGAAGAGUUAAGCAGUGGGAAAAUUCAAGGCGGGAACUUCUUUCCUUUCCUUUCCCCCUCUGUGGCUCUCUGGCUCGUGUGCCAGGCGCUGCGCAGACGCUGGAAACACUGGGGUAAGGAAGAACCAGACUCUCCCCGGUGCCUGCCUUCGUGGAGCCAACAGUUGAGUGGGGGAAAACAGCUGUUGAUUAAAGGGUUCCCACACGUUGUACGUGAACUCAUAACCUGUUAGAUAAACCAUGGCGAGGGCUUGGGAAGGAAAGUACAUGAUAGAUAAUUAAAGAAGUGAUCAAUGAGCUACACAACCCGAAGGAUCAGUGUUAGCUGGGGGAACUAAAGGAGUCAGCACGGUGAAGUACUCGCAGGAAGCGAAACAGCAGGUGCCAUGGUCCUGUGGCUGCAAUGAGCCUUAUCUGAGAAUUGAAAGAAGUCAGAUGGAGCCCAGUAGGAUUUUGCUAUAAAAGAAAUAACCAUAGUGAACCCUCUGAAGCUGUCAAUAUAGAGAAUACCACCACAAGAAGGAACCAUGCCUGUGGAAGGAGGGAAAACGGAUAUGGAGAGGAUUGGCCUCUUCAGUGAGAUGGAAUAUGUUACUGUUGGUGAUAAAUAUGUGUCAUCGUUUAAUCGACCUUUUAAUGAGGCUGCAAGCAAAAAUAAACAGAUGCUACCUGGGGGAUCCAAAGAAAUGUCGAAUCUCCAGGCUGGUUAUUUUGAUCCCCAUUUUGUAAGGAUAUUUGAAGGUGAAGGCUAUGUAAGUCUGAACCAAGUGAGGAGACGGCAUAUGAUGGAAGAAGCAAAAAAAAAUCUAGGCAAAGCCUUCCUCCCUAGUAGUGGAGAUAAAAAGCCAUGUGGUUUAGGAAGCUACUAUGGCACAUUAGGUGGUCCCGUGCCAUUCUUCAGUGCACAGUCAAAACCCAGAGAAAAAUAUGAGGCACCUGGAAAGAAUUUAUACACAAACCCAGGAAAGAAAGGAACUGGAUAUGGCUAUGCAAAUAUUACCAUUGGUAAGCAGUUUUCACACUCUGCUGAUUUCUACGAUGCACCGAAACUAAAUUAUAAGAAGGAGAAUGAAGAACACCACCGUUUAGUUAAAGGAACACCUUUCAAGUUAAACCUUUACCCAAGGGAAUAUUUUGAUACCAAUCCUUAUUCGUUUGAGAAAACUUUACCACCCAUUAAAAAAACAGAGAAGAAAGAAUUACUUUCACAGCCCUUUAAGCCCUCUUCUCCAGGUAAAAAGGCUGGUGGAAUGAAAGCAGGAACGUUUGACCCUUACCCUUCACAUUCUGCUGACCCUUAUGUGGUUAAAUUGGCAACCCAGAUUUCCAGCAAAGAUGCUAAGAUUUUCCACCCACCGGGUGGACCAAAGAGCAGACCGAUUGAAAGUAUAAUGACUUUGAAUGUCAAAAGGGCACUAAAUAUCAAGAACUACAAGACUGCUUCAGUACAGUCCUAUUAACAUCUGGAAGACAAAUAGCUUUCUAGGUUGUGACUACCAAUAAUUCAUUAUCGAGUGCUAACUAUUUGCAAAAAACAUAAGAUGUGGAACAUAUCUCAAACAUUUAAAAGAUAUUUAAGCCUGAAAUUCUAAUAUUCUUCCUUGUUUUAGUACUGUUACUUAACAAAUAAACUAUUUGUUAAUAAUUUAA